UAUGUUUCUUGAGAUCCGCCGCCCAAACCCAACCAAAACCAAAGCUUUUCCAGCACCAAACCGACCAAAUCAAGAACCAUAGAAACUCUCACACUCCAACUCUUAUCGCAACCUCAAUUUUGAAAUCUCUUCGAGAAUGUCUCUAACAGCAGUUAAAAUGUCCGAGGAUGUUUGGUUAACUUGUCUUACUCACGCAUUGUCCACUGAAACUGAAGAGAUCAUGGGUCUUCUUCUUGGUGACAUCGAGUACUCAAAAAAUGGUAAUGUCACUGCACUAAUUUGGGGAGCGUCACCUCAGUCACGAUCUGAUCGGCGAAAGGAUCGAGUAGAGACAAAUCCUGAACAGUUGGCUGCUGCCUCAGCUCAGGCCGAUAGAAUGACCAUGUUGACUGGAAGAACAACAAGAGUCAUUGGGUGGUACCAUUCACAUCCGCAUAUUACAGUUCUUCCUUCUCAUGUUGAUGUGCGGACUCAAGCAAUGUAUCAACUUCUAGAUUCUGGAUUUAUUGGGCUGAUAUUUUCUUGUUUUAGUGAAGAUAUAAACAAGAUUGGAAGAAUCCAAGUUAUUGCAUUUCAGUCCUCGGAUGGGAAGCAGAAUCUCAUAUCAAGACCAAUUUCUUUAUCACCCGUUAAUAAAAAUGUAGUUAUUGAUUUGGAUUCAUCUUUAAGUUCCUCUGAAAAUCUAUUACUGAGAUCUGGAAGUGCAAGGGCAGAGAGCCCUGAACAAGACACCGGUGAUUCCAGCACAGCAACAGGAUCUUGGAAGGGUGUGGGAAGAUCUUCAGACUUGGGUGGUUUCUUUGCAAAUGCUGAUGCCAACCAUCUUGAGAGAGAGAGAGUUGGAGGAAACUACCAAACUGGUGAUUUAAGUAACACCAUUGCGGAUUUAGAUCCCAUGGAUAUGUCAGAAAGUAUGCAAGAGGCCAUGCACCGUUCAAAUUUGGACAUGAGUGGUGCGGAGUAUGUCAGGAAAGAAAUCCCUCUUCAUGUUUUGCCGACCUCAUCUCUUCUGAAACUUGAUUCGCCUCUAACAUCUUUUACGGAUUUGCAACAUGUACUAUAUCAAGAGGAACGGGCAGCAUAUAACCAAGCUAUAUUGCAAAAUAUGAGGGAUGGAAAAGUGCAUCCCCUUACUUACAUUCAUCACACAUCUACAUAUCAGGCUUCAAUGUGCAAAUUAAUUGAAUAUUGUUUAAGUCCUGCCAUAAAUGCACUACAAGAUCAAUUGAGCGAGAAUGAAAUUCGGUUGGCAAUGCUGACGGAUGAAGCAAAGAUGUUAGAGACUGAUGCCUCUAAGGGGGGUGAGUCUAGUUCAUCUCCCCGUCAUCCUCCAUCUCAUGGUCUCAGGGGAAGUGCUUUGGUUGGUCACAGGGACUUGCAUAGCUCAGCUAAUUUGAGGACCGUAUCUAGUCCUGGUAGCCGCAGCAGAAAAGGGGGUUCCUAGUAGAAACAAAAACCAAGUUUCUUGACACUGCAUCAGCUGGCUCUGCUCUUAAGCCCCAUCCUUUUUUCUCAGUUUUGGCUUUUGUUGGUCUAUUGGAAGGGCUUUUGUUGGUCUAUUGGAAGAGCUUUUGUGACUUUCGUGAUAUCCAUGGUGAUACAAGUUCUGAAGGCAGUGUAGCAAGUGAUAUAUUUCUUGAUCACCGCGAUGAUCAAUCUGAAUAAUUCUCCAAGAGGAAUUGGUAAGUGGGACUUGUUCCCUGAAAAUGAAUGUGAUUGUAUAUAUUGCCUCCUUGGUUUUGUACCGUACCAUGUUUCUUCUGGACUUGGCAGUUCCGUUGGAGUUUAUGGAGUAUGAUUUUUUGAUAUUAGUCGAUAGUUUUCCUUGGUAUGAACAUAUUUUCCAUUUCUUUUCAUCCCUGGAGGUAAUUACUUGCACUUUUGUAUCUUGUAUUUUGGUGAAGUAGUGUGUAUCCUUUAGCCCGAAAAGGAAAGGGCAAAAAAGAAAUGAAGAUUGGGUUUUUAGCUUGAUUUA